CUCCAGCGCAUGGAGCUCAGGCGCUCCGUCAGUUUCCUGCUGAUGCGCGCGAAGCUCUUCCUGCUGAUCCGCUUCCCAUCGGCGCCGAUGUUCCCCGCGUACCACAUCACCCAGAACCCCAAACCGAGGAACAUCAGGACGGCGCCGGUGAGCUCCAGGAAGUCCCCGUACCACCGCCCAUCGAUCUGCGGGGCUUGGGUCAUGCCCACCAGCAGCAAGAGGAAGCCCACAAAGUCAAAUGUAGCCGCCAUGAAGAAGAACGGCGCGCACUCGCCUGUAAGCCUCUUCACCGCCAUCAUUCAGGAUGCUGAGGAGCACGAGAACGCGCACCUGCACCCUGAAGCACCUUGUGAAGCAGGUGACCGCCUCCGCGUGACGUCAUCGCCGCUUCUUAACAACGUGCGCCAGGAUUUUAACAGUGGCGAAGAUCUCAACCUGCAGUUUUAUACAAAAGACUCCCAUGACGAGGUCAGCGUGAACUCGAAUCCCAACCUCUUCAUUCUGCAACUGUUCGAUGCAUUCCUUGAAAGUGCUCCACAGCUCAUCCUGAUGAUGGUUCUCAUCAUGCGGAUGCCAGAGCUGCAUCUUUUUACAGUCAUUAAAACUGCUGUCUCUAUUAUUAUCAUGGCCUUCUCCAUACUGCGCUUUCAUCGCAACAUCGUUGAGUUUAUCGACCAAAAACACAAGAUAAAUUGGUUCUCUGGCAAUUCUAUCACCUACUUCAUGUGCAACCUCUUCCUGAUUGGCCCACGUCUGGUGAGUGUGUCUCUCUUUGCCUCCGUCCUGCCCUGGUACAUUGCCGUUCACUUCCUGUGCCUGUGGGCACUGCUCGUCCUCUGGGCUUGGUUGCAGAAAGCAGACUACAAGAACUCUAAAGAUGGAGGAUGGCUGCUCCGGGCCACUUUAGGUAUCAUCUGGUACUUCAGCUGGUUUAAUGUAACAAAUCAAAACACCAAACUCAGAAGAAUCAUCUACCAUGUGGUUAUGGUGAUGGACAUAAUGCUGUUGCUGGGAUUAUGGUGGUGGAGAAGAUCUGUGGAAUCAGCUUAUCUUAGUCCACUCCCUAUUAAUCCUUACAUACUUAUUGCUAUGUUAAUAUUCAGCUACAUCAUAGGAAUCCUACUGAAAAUGGUUUAUUACUGGAAAUUUUUUCCAGAUAAGACAGUGAAAGUUUUGCUAAUGCACGAAAAGAAAGAAGAAUUAGUCGCCGUCACACGGUCCAAUGUAGAGUAUAUUGGUAACACAAGUGUAAAGUCUACACAUGUACAUGAUCAAUUAUUUGAAGAAAAGCCAUACUCCAGUGGUUUUCCUGAAUCCAACACUGCAGCCACAGUCAAUUCUGCUGUUGGGACAGAAGCUGAAUCUGGUACCCAAAAUAUAAUGAAAAUAAUGGCAAAUUAUUUCUGAAUCUUUUUUUAAUCCACUACU